CUUAUCAAAACCCUUUACACAUUCUAACGUUGUUUCAACAAAACACAAAACAAACAAACCCUUUCAUCUCUGUCUCCCUCCCUCUGCAAUAAUCAACCACAACAAUGGCAAACAAAGAAAUGGACGUCGCAAGAGGCGUUGAUCUGAAGCGUUACAUGGGUCGUUGGUACGAAAUAGCUUGUUUUCCAUCUAGGUUUCAGCCAAGUGAUGGCAUGAACACGAGAGCAACAUACGCUCUCAGAGAAGAUGGAAUUGUUGGUGUUUUGAAUGAGACUUGGAGUGGUGGAAAAAGAAGCUACAUUGAAGGAACUGCUUAUAAGGCUGAUCCUAAUAGCGAUGAGGCUAAACUCAAGGUCAAGUUCUAUGUUCCUCCUUUCUUGCCCAUUUUUCCUGUUGUUGGUGAUUACUGGAUUUUGCACCUUGAUCAGGAUUAUCAGUAUGCUCUCAUUGGUCAACCUAGCAGGAAUUAUCUUUGGAUACUAUGCAGGCAACCUCAUUUGGAUGAUGAAAUCUACAACCAGCUUGUUGAGAAAGCCAAGGAAGAAGGGUAUGAUGUGAGCAAACUGCACAAAACUCCACAGAGUGACACUCCACCUGAGCAAGAAGGUCCUCAAGACACCAAAGGAAUUUGGUGGAUCAAAUCCCUCUUUGGGAAAUAAACAGAACAGAAUCAUGUAAUCAGAAGUGUUUCUCUCAUGUUAUGAAUAAAGGUUUUAAGUACUCUUUGGUUUGGAUUUAUAUGUAUCAUGUAUUGGCUUGUAUUGGCUUGUUCUGUAUAUAUAGAGACUAAAGAUGUGAACUUUAGCAAAGUUGGUGUUUGAUGCUCAAAUUGUCUUAGGAAUUAAAUUCAGUUUGUGUUACUUUAAA